UCGCCAUCGCCAGCCGCCAGUCUACGGGAGCCUCCGCACUGCGACGGUGCACUCCACGCUCCUCUCCAAUAUCCUAUUAUUUACCCCCUGACCACCGUAUCACGCAUUACGUGAAUACCCCACUGUGUUGUUUUAUGUGCCAGUGCGACUUUGUGUGAACACUACCAAAAGCUUCUCGGGUCUUUAUCCCGCGGUUUUUAUUGACGCCAGUUUUUAAAAACUACAGAUCUACCGGAUUAUAAAUAGAAACGUUAACUGCUGUCCGAUUAGAAAGGUACUAAGUAUGAAGGAGAUACGAAGUUAUGCGAGAGGAUGGUGGAUGGUGUUAAUAGUGGCCACAAUGGCCGGCCUCGUGCAGUCCGACGCCGUCAGUCUAUACAACGCACAGCUUAAGCAGAUGGUUACUUCAAGCACACUCAAAUGGACCACCUUGAAGAAAGAGGCUAUGGAAAACUAUGUCACCGGGGUUGAUUCUCCUCAAGGACCAAUUUAUCUUUGUCGGUCUCGUCACGAGGGCGAUAUGCUACUUGGCUUGCUAAAAUCCGAUUAUAAGUCAUGCUCCAUUGCUGGAACAAAAAACUACGAGAUUUUCGAAGUACUCGAAAACAUUGAAAACGCAUCAUUGCUAAUAUGGAAGCCGUGGGGCAAGUAUCAUGCUAAGCCGAGUGGCGCUGUUACCAUCGACUCUUCGCUCGAUUCCGCUUUUAUUGGCAGGAUGAAAGCAGAAAGCGGUUAUUCUCACUACAUAGGGAGGAUUAAUUACGAAAGUACAAUCGGUCAUUUAAUCACUUUCGAUGACCAGAAUAAUGAACUUGUAGAAAACAGUGGAGAAAUUCUCGUCGAAAUUGAACCUAUCAGUUAUAGAAUUGAAAAUGUACAAGUGGACUCGGAUACUGAACACAUUCGUCAAACCGACCCUCAAGUAUUCGAGGAACGAAUUUUGCGAAACGAAGACGAAACUGGCGCCACGGUUACCACUGAAAUUGAAUACAAGUAUAAUUACAGCAUAUCCUGGGGUCAUGGGCACGGCAUUGCUAUCGGUUUGAAUACUACCAUAGUAUUGAGCGACGGAACUGUACUCCCACAGAUCGAAUGGGCCAACCCCUAUACGGAAGAAAAAAAGGAACUUUACAAAUUGGAAAAAUACCUCGAACCAGGGACUGCUUGUAACGUUACUUUCAGAGGUUACUAUACAAAUAAAGAUGUUCAAUAUACUGGCAAGUUAAUUACGAACUAUAAAGAAAAUGAACCCAGGUCCCGGCCAAUGAGGGGUGAAAGAAUCGAAAAUACCGUUGAAGUAGAAGCUGUGUAUGGUGAGAUAUAUUACCUCGUCAACAACACACUGGUGCCGACCACCACAACCACAACAACUACUACCACCACCACAACAACAACUACUCCUCCACCGGAAACUGCUCCACCAGCGCCAGAAGAGAAUGACAUAGCAAGUCCCAUGAAAAAAAUGAAUUCUGGUGAAAUCGACAGCAAUGAUAUGAUGGGAGACAGCAGCGAAGGAUUGGUUAAGGCAGCUAAAGAAGACAACAUCAAUCGUUCGGUAGUCGGUGGACUUGGAAGCAAACCGAACGCUGGUACGGUCCAAAUAUUAUCCACGGCUCUAAUCAUUCCAGUUUUUGCGCUUCUUAUUUAAGUUCACGAGUUGAAGGUUAAUGUUUUUGUUGUAUAUAGUAAAUCAGAAGAAUAUCAUUGAUAUAGUCGCUUUCAAGUUUAAAAUGUAGUGAUUGUCAUCUAAGCUUUAUGCUGUUGUUUAAUGGUGUGGUAAGAAUACCCUUUGGGUAAAUUUGUAUAUAGAUUUUUUUACAUUAGACAUUCCUGUUAAAUAAUUUCAUUCCAGUAUGUAAAUUAUUGAGCCAAAAUUAAACAGAUGAGUGUAAAUAGAUUAUGUAUAUAGUUAAGGAUACGGAAGUCGCAGAGCGACGGAUUACAUCUGGACGUCACAAAUGUUAAGCUGGUUAGAAUCGUGGAGUCGAUUAUGAGAAUAGAGUCACUGUUACCAAUACAUACACAACAAAUUACUCUUAUCACUUGAGACUACCCAUAUCGACGAUAAAUUUAACUGCUAAGCUGUUCAACUUGAUGUAGGAAAAAAUUAUGUAGCCGUUUUGGGAUUGCUUGUGUUACCAGGAUCAAAUGCUAUUUAAAGUGGAAAAAAAGUUCUAAAAACAGAGUUAUAUCCCAAUUUAAUUAAAUAAUAACAUUACCUAUUGCUUAAAUCGUAAAUAAAAAUUACAACUAUUUUAAGAGCAGCUAAAAUUAGUAUUUCUUCCAUAACAAUAUUGUGGACUUAUUUAUUCUAUUUUCUUGGGUAGUUCCGUACUUUUAUGUUGUUAUUUCUAGUUAUAAGUUACAAGAGUUUAAAUCCAGAAUUGAAAGAUAUUAUUUUAUUUAAACUUGUAGGUUUAAUGAAUAUUUAUUUUGUUUUAAUUUUAAAUUCGUUAAAAUAAGUUUAGUUGUACAUGGCACGUAUUUCAAUAAUAUUCAAAUAUUAAUUUGUUGUUAUUGCCAAAGGAUUAUCUAUAUUUGUGAAAAAUUAACUAUUUCAAUUUUCUAUCCCUCCGUCAUAAGGCUAAUAAAGAUCCAUCGCAAUAUACCCAGAUAGAAUAAUAAUAAUGCUUAGCGAUGGUCAGACUAUAUGUAAAAAAAAAGAUAUUUUUAUAUAUUCAUACUUUGUAAGUGUUCGCUCUACGGAUAAGCUGUAGUUACAUUAAAAUAAUCCUUCAUACAUUUAGUUAUUCGCUUAAAAGAGUAUUUUCAGUAUUUUGUCACAAACUAGAAUUUAGUAUGUUCAUGUUAGAUUUAAAUUAAAAUGAAAUCUCGUAUCUAAAUAUGAAAAAAUAAAUCCCACCUAGAUUAUUUAUUACAUAAGUUUUAAGUUUUAAUACAUAUGCAAAAUGAAGAUAUAUUUAAUUGUACCAACAAAAUCUUUCUCAAAGCAUUUGCCAGCUUUAUAAAUGUAAGAAUUAAAAACAUAUAAUUGAAAAAUAUCUAUGCAUAGUAGGUUAAUGCAUCUGUGGUCUUCAUGUUCGAUGUAAGAUUUAUUCGCUUCUUUCUUAAAAAGCAAAUCUUUGCCGCAAUGUUAUGGCGACUGUUAUAUGUCAAAUAAAUUCUCUAUGUAUAUGUGAAAACCUCUAACAUCAAUAUUGUUUUGCGAAGCAUAAUUGUGAUGUUCCCUGUAAGUUUGUUUUAGUUCAUUAAACUGUAAAUUAAA